GUAGCUCUUAAGGAGGGCGUGGCAUUAUUAAUGGCUGACCAUUUUACGUGUGGUUGCCUGAAAAUCAAAACAAGCCUAAUUUGAUCUCGGAAACCUGUUUUUCGUCAGUUUGAAAAGCCUGGAAAGGCGCAGGAAGUUUAUAACUUUGAUUUAAUCAAAGAGUUUUGACACAACGACGGCCCAAACAAAUCUUUCAAGAUAGACAAGGACAACAUUUGGUCCUUCAACCUGGACUCAAACAUGGAUGACAAUGGGCUCGAGUCGAGCAUGGAAGUUGACUUCCAGUACGAGGAUGCCGACUCGCCCAUCAACGAACUGUCAGAGCUGUACAGCUACACCGAACAGCCUGAGUACCAGCUGAACGUGAAGGCGUUCGAGGACCUGAUGCAGGAGUAUCAGUACAGUCCGUGCUGGCAGAAGCUUAGCGAGCACCAACGCAAGUCGGUCAUCAUGAAGCUGCUGGACCAGCUCGAGGUGUCCAACAAGACGUCCAGAAUGAAGGGUGCUCGCUGUGUCCUGUACAUUGCUCAGGGGUGCUGGGCAGAGGUGCAGUCUGAUGAGGAGCAGCAGAUCAUGGCCAGGGACAAUGUCAUGUUGCUGUACGACUGCGGAGUUUUCCUUGCUUUCGUCGAUCUGCUCAACAUCGAAAUAGAAAAUAGCAGUGCUGCAACAACUGCCCUGCGGAAACUGUCCGUCAGCUUGGCAGAUUCGACCGAUUUGAGGAUCAUUCUGAGCAUUUUGUACAUCAUGGUGGAAGUGAUGCGCUGCACCAGGGAGGACGACACUGACGAGAUCACUAAUAGAAGGGAGCAGUUUAAUAUUGAAUUAACAAAUCCCAUUAUGGAGGAGUUACUCGCGGUCAAACUCCUGGGAAUGAUCACUAAAUUCUGCAGUGGAUCGGCACCUCACUUUCCAAUGAAAAAAGUACUGCUUUUGUUGUGGAAAGCCAUUCUGAUAACUCUUGGUGGGAUGGGGAAGUUGCGAGAAUUAAAGAUCAAGUACAGAGAUGAAGCAGAUCUUGGGCCGACUAAAGAAGACACUUUGGAAAUUGCCAAACACAUGAGAGCCUCCUCUCCUCCAACUAGUGCAGCCGACAUUCUGGAAGCCCAAGGCCAAAAGAAAAACAACCGUCCUUUCAGAAGGAGUUUGAUGAAGCAGAGUUCGUUGGAUGAGCCCAUGGGUCUUGAUUUUGAUGCGCCCGACCAGGCUGACGACGAAAUGCGGGAAAUUGAAGAGCGUCGAGCCCUGGAAGAGGCAGGUGAACUGCCACAGCCUCCGAGUCCGCGACCCAUGACCCCAGUGGCAACAAAGACCAAGGGUCUGCCGUGGGAACCCAAAGUGCGAAUGGCAGAUUUGGAGCAGUUUCUGGACACCUCGAGGCUCAAGUUUGUUGGUUAUCAGCUGCAGAAUGACUGCACAACCCUGGCUGGAUUGCCACACCCCAUUCACGAGGGUGUCCGAGUUUUGACCCAGCACAUGUACAAAUCGCUGGCCGAACUGCAAAUCCAGCAGGAGGAGGACAUUGCCAGGAACCCGGUCACACAAAAAGAACUGGAUGUUCCACAAACACCGACUGAAAUUUUAUACCAGGCCAUGCUGCCCAGUUUGCCGCAGUACAUGAUUGCCUUGUUGAAAAUCUUGCUGGCGGCUGCACCAACCUCGAAGGCAAAAACAGACUCCAUAAAUAUCAUGGCUGACGUCUUGCCGGCAGAAAUGCCGAUGACGGUUUUGCAGUCCAUGAAAUUAGGUAUCGAUGUGAGUCGGCACAAAGAAAUCAUCGUCAAAGCCGUAUCGGCUAUUUUGCUGCUCCUUCUGAAGCAUUUCAAGAUCAGUCAUGUCUAUCAGUUUGAGUUCAUGGCGCAGCACCUCGUAUUUGCAAACUGCAUCCCACUCGUCCUUAAGUUCUUCAAUCAGAACAUCAUCUCCUAUGUUGGAGCAAAAAACUCUAUUCCGAUUUUGGAUUUUCCCUCGUGUGUGAUUGGUGACCAGCCGGAAUUGACUUCCGACAGUCUGGAAAUCGGAGACAGUCAGCAGUUUUGCUGGCGAAAUAUGUUUUCCUGCAUCAAUCUAUUGCGAAUUUUGAACAAGCUCACGAAGUGGAAGCAUUCAAGAAUAAUGAUGAUGGUUGUUUUCAAAUCAGCACCUAUAUUGAAGCGAACACUGAAGGUACGCCACGCCAUGAUGCAGCUCUACGUGCUCAAAUUGCUGAAAAUGCAGACAAAAUACCUUGGCCGACAGUGGCGCAAAUCAAACAUGAAGACUAUGAGCGCCAUUUACCAGAAAGUCCGACACAGGCUGAAUGACGACUGGGCCUUCGGAAAUGAUAUGGAUGCCAGGCCUUGGGACUUCCAGGCAGAGGAAUGCACCUUGCGGGCAUGUGUUGACAGGUUCAACAAUAGACGAUACAACACAUCUCAGGACUCUGAUUUUGAAGAGGUGGACAAUUGCAUUACCAGCGUGCUGGGGAAGAACAUUGAUCUCACCGACGAAUUCAAACAGCACUACGAGCUGUGGCUGCAGAAGGAGGUUUUCCAGACCAACGUCGACUGGGACCAGCUUUUGCAGAGUCCCAUUCUGUGAAUCGACCGAAUUCGAACGUAAUUAUAAUUAAAUGUGCCAUGGGAAAGCCAUCGCGACCAAUCUCUGUACAUACUCGACCCUACUUGCAGUCAUUAACACUUAAAUUAUUAAUUCCAAAAGUAAAUAAGAUUUAUUUAAACCUGGUUAAUGAUAUUAAAACCAUUAGAAACUAAUGAACCUGAA